CCAAAAUGGCGGCAGGAUUGAAAAGUUGGUGAUGUUUUUACCGCACUUUGAAAACUCCUCUCGUUUGAAUAUGUUAGUUUUCUGAAUGUAGAAAGGGCCAGAUUACCGGAGGAAGGGGGCAGUUUGCUGCAGAGCCGGUGACGAAUGUUAACGGAAGGCGCAGAUCGUUGGUAAACAGCGCACUUGUGUACCCGGAGAGUCCCGUUGUUUUGCUUUGGGAAAGUGCGGCUGGAUGGUGGUUGUCUCUGCAGCAGCGCAGGGAUGUCAUGGACGCUGAGAUCUCCAGCAACUCAUCCGGCUACUGAACUCAUAAUGAGGAGGAUCUGUGGAUAGAAAUGGAGGAUGAUGUGAAAAAAGCAAAAAAGCCUGGCAUCGUGUCUCCGUUCAAGCGCGUCUUCCUGAAAGGAGAGAAGGGGAGGGACAAGAAAGCACAGGAGAAGUCCACCGAGCGCCGGGCCCUGCACACGGUUCCGCUGUCCCUGCCCGACCACCGUGUGGACCCGGACAUCCUCCUCAACGACUACAUCGAGAAGGAAGUGAAGUAUCUGGGGCAGCUGACAUCAGUGCCGGGGUAUCUGAAUCCAUCCAGUCGAACAGAGGUUCUGCAGCUCAUUGACAGUGCCAGGAAAUCACACCAGCUCCCAGGUCAGCUGACCCCGGAACAGGACGCGCUGGUCAGCCUCUCGGCCUACAACGUGAAGCUGGUGUGGCGUGAUGGCGAGGACAUCAUCCUCAGAGUCCCCAUCCACGACAUCGCCGCGGUCUCCUACAUCCGUGACGACUCGCUGCACCUGGUGGUGCUCAAAACAGCCCAGGAGCCUGGAGGGUCGCCCUGUCCCAGCACCUGUCCAGAGGUGUCCAAGUCUCAGACGCUGAGCUCUCUGUCGGAGAGCGGGGCGGUGCUGGUGGAGGUCUGCUGUCUGCUGGUGCUGGCUGUGGAGAACAAGGCAGCGGCGGAGGAGCUGUGUCUGCUGCUUAGCCAGGUGUUCCAGAUCGUUUACACGGAGUCCACCAUAGACUUCUUAGACAGGGCCAUAUUCGAUGGGGCCUCCACACCCACCAGACACCUCUCCCUGUGCAGUGAUGAUUCCUCCAGCAAAGUGGAUGUUAAGGAGCCGUUUGAAACAGAAGCGAGCACAUUCUCCUUCCCGGGGUCGCUGGAUGGGGGUGGCAACUCUCCUUCCUCCUCCUCUUCUACCCCGGCGUCUCCGCAGACUAAGACAGUGAGCGAAGGGGAGCUGAGCACCACAGCUGCCGAGCUGCUGCAGGACUACAUGACCACGCUGAGGACCAAGCUCUCGUCUCAGGAGAUCCAGCAGUUCGCCAUGCUGCUGCACGAGUACAGGAACGGCUCGUCCAUCCACGAGUUCUGCAUCAACCUGCGGCAGCUGUACGGGGACAGCAGGAAGUUCCUGCUGCUGGGUCUUAGACCCUUCAUUCCGGAGAAGGACAGCCAGCACUUUGAGAACUUCCUGGAGACAAUCGGAGUGAAGGACGGGCGCGGCAUCAUCACAGACAGCUUCGGGAGGUACCGCCGGACCAUGAGCACCACCUCCAACUCCACCACCAAUGGUAACAGGGCGGGCGAGGGCUCGGAGGAGCAGCUGGCGCCCUCCGAGGGUGACGAUUGGGAUCGCAUGAUCUCGGACAUCAGCAACGACAUCGAGGCGUUGGGCUGUAGUAUGGACCAUGACUCCUCCUGAGAGGGGUGACAGAGGGGGCAGGAUUGACACUCUGAAAUUUUGCCACCGUUUCAUCCCAGUCUCCACGGCUUCUGUAGAGCCUUUGGUUUCAUUGGCUCGCAGCAGCCUGCGAAACUUUGAGCAGUUGGCUGAUUGGUUAGCCUCUCUGCUGCUGGCAGGGUCUACUGGUGGCAACCAGGAAGUGCCUGAGUUGCAUUCCCGUGACCCCUCUGGAAAUCCCAUAAUUCAACUGUUAUCUCCAAGAAAUGUAAGGAAUUCUUCAGUAGCAAAUGAUUGUACCGGGCUGUUAGACUGAAGCUGUAAUAUUAGACUGAAAAUCCAAAUUUAUUCAAGGAGCAGUAACUGUAUGUGUAGUUAGUCUCAGCACUUAACUCAGAAGCAUGUUUGAAACAUUUAUAUUUGAUCCUCACUGUCGUUCUUCUCGAGAACACAAUUUAUUCAUGGCUUUGCUCGUAUCUAGAGCUGUCAGUUUAUCCAAAGCUGAAGGUGUGAGUAGGUUAAUGUGUCAUCAAUGCCAUAUCUGUUUGCUUCGACCUAAUCCCUAGUUCAGAUUUUCACAAAGAAGAGUAAUUUUGCAUGUCCAGUUAUUGGUUGAUUGAAAAAUCCUAAAUUCAUGCUGCAUUUCAAUACUAAAAGUAUGUUUGUGUUAAGCCUAGUACACAUGUUGCAGUUUUAGUGAGGUACAGCUAAUGUCACAGACCUUACAAGUUUUCACACUGAAAUCACACGUUGGUCUAACACAUUAGAUCAUGUGGUGUAUCAGAUGCUAACAAGUAAAACGAGUCUCUUCUGCAAGUGACUAGAAGCUUCAGUUAUAUUUCCAGCAGGCUUGUCCAUGUCACAGUUUCCCGUUAAGGGGUUCCACAGAGAGUGAAUCUGCUGUAACCCACUUGCAAUGUGGUGUGAUUCACUUUAGUGUUCUUUCUUGUGCUUUUCAAGAUCUGUAGUAUGUGUACUAGGCUUUACCACAGUACUUCCUCCUUGUUGUACCGAGCACCAUAUUGGUUUCUAACCAGUGUGCUCCGGACAGAGAACUGCAAAAUGUCUACUCUGUCAGAUGUGUCUAUACUGUAGACUUAACGAACAGUUCUGUACUGUAUAUCAAAAACAUGUGGCAUAAUUAUGACUUGCUUUUCAGUUGGUGUUUUUUUUUUUCUUUUUUUAACCAUGUGAUGUCCACCAAUUUGCGUAUGGUAGGAUGUUUCCCUAAACUCAGAAAUAAGAUCAUGUGAUCCCAGUCUCUGCCCUCAUGGCCGGACUGGUCUGUUUCUGUUUAUUUUAGUUGUCGUCGCUAGCAAACCACUUUGUUCACAGUUACAGCUCACAGAUGGCUUUGUGCACAAUUAUUAUAGCUCACAGACAGCU